UUAAACCCCUGGGGAUUAAAGUGCAGCUUGACUCAAACUUUCUUUACUGACAGCGACUCUAAAUUAAACCACUGGGAUUAUAUUCCAACUCGACCUAAACGUUUCCCCUGUGACUCAGACUUUGACUUAAACCCAUGGGACCCAACUCAACCUUGUGUGUGGGUUUGGAAAACUGUGGGCUUAACUACAACAUAAGAGGCAUGAGAGGAGGAGGCAGAAAUAAUUUGGGGAAGGAUGCAGUGAAUUGACGGAUCUCUAAUAUCAACAUAACUCAACAUCAUAAUUCAACAACACCACAUCACACUCUACAGUUGGAUAAAAGCAAUCCUACAUGUCUUAGACUUUACUUCUAAUGUUAUAACAAGACCUCUCCUUCUCACACAGUAUUAUGUUACAUUCCUCCACCCAAUCACAGCGCUCCCCAAAAUCCUCCUGCCUGCUCCUAUAAGAGCCCCGAACGUCCCCAGUCUGACAGGAACCUCUCCCUUUCUGUGGCGCCCGACAUUUACCGUAACACCAGCCCACACCCCACUGCAGGCGACUCCUCAUUACCUGCGCUGUUUGUUGACGCAUGAGAGGUCAAGUCAGGGAUUAUAAGUGUUCUCUUCACUGAAGACAAGUCUCGAGAAGCGACGAUGCGCGAAGAGGACUCCUCCCCGAUGGACAGUGCGGGCAACAGUGAGGAGGAGACCGAGCGUCAGCUGCCGCGCAGAGGCGCAAGGAAGCGGCGGGCGGCAAGAAGGGGCGCGGACACAGAGGAGGAGGAAGGGGACGCGCAGAGUCCCAGCCCGGCGAUAAAGAACAAGAAAAAGUUUAGAAAGAGUUGUGACAGCGGAGGCGGCAGCGCCGGGAGUGGUGGCAGCGAGGCCAGCAGUAGUCCAGCGCGCUCCUUUGACGACCUCCACACGCAGCGUGUCAUGGCCAACAUCCGAGAAAGGCAACGGACGCAGUCUCUCAACGAGGCAUUCACGUCACUGCGGAAGAUUAUCCCCACUCUUCCUUCAGACAAACUCAGCAAGAUCCAGACACUCAAGCUGGCGGCGCGGUACAUCGACUUUUUGUGCCAAGUUCUGCAGAGCGAUGAGCUGGAUGCGCGGGGGACGAGCUGCAGCUACGUGGCGCACGAACGUCUAAGCUACGCGUUCUCGGUCUGGAGGAUGGGGGGUGCCUGGUCCUUGUCCACUACGUCCUAAUCAGUCCACUACAUUUGAUGAGACAGAAAGAUUCUAGACCUAAUCCAGAGGAUCAGAACAACCCUUCAGAAAGACUGAAACAGGCCAAUCACAGCCGCUGUGCCACAGGCCUGAGAGGAGAGCGGGCUUUUCAUGUUCCUCUUUGCGUGGACUGUGAUGUCUGCAAAGGAGCACUUAUGAGAAAGACAUUUUGGACAUGGAGAGAGACAGACCACUGCGACCAUGAAUGUUAAAAUCGAAACCAAAUGAGCUUCAAGGACCUGCUCUGUUUGACAAUGCAUUCCCAUUUUCUCUGUGACACACCUCAGAUUCACAGCAAAUGGACUGUUUUGUAUUUAUUUUUAUACACAGGUUCUUUUACCCUCUUUUGAAAAAGUUAUUUAUUUUCAGAAUAUCAUGGAAUGCUGAACGGAUCUGGAGAAUCUGUGCAUUUGUGUUGUAAAUAUUGGUACAUUGUUGAAUAAAAUACACGGUAUCUCUCA